AUGAAAAUGCUGCGCCUCCGGAGCCCGAGCGUGCCGUCGCUCCUCAGCCGGGAGAUCCGCUGCACCGUGCGCCUGCUGGAUGACUCGGAGAUCGCCUGCAGCAUCCAGAGAGACACAAAAGGUCAGUUCCUGCUGGAUCAUGUGUGUAACCACUACAGUCUGCUGGAGAAGGAUUACUUUGGCAUCAGAUAUGUGGAUCCUGAGAAGCAGAGGCACUGGCUGGACCCCAGCAAACCCGUGGUCAAGCAGAUGAAAUGUCAGCAGCCGUACACCAUGUGCUUUCGGGUGAAGUUCUACCCCCAGGAACCCAUCAAGAUCAAGGAGGAACUGACAAGAUACCUGUUGUACCUGCAGCUGAAGAGGGACCUGUACCACGGCCGGCUCCUGUGUCCGCUUAUCGAUGCUGCUUAUCUUGGAGCUUGUAUAGUGCAGGCUGAACUCGGCGACUACGAUGUAGACGAGCACCCGGCUGACUACAUCAGCGACUUCAAACUGUUUCCCAAACAGAGCCUCAAACUGGAGCGCAAGAUCAUGGAGAUCCACCAGAACGAGCUGAGGGGUCAGUGUCCAGCCCUGGCUGAGCUGAAUCUGCUCCAGAGAGCUCACACACUGGACACAUACGGCGUGGACCCUCAUCCCUGCAAGGACUUUACCGGAGCAACGGCAUUUCUCGGAUUCACUGCCCGGGGCUUUGUUGUUUUCCAGGGAAACAAGAGGAUCCAUUUGCUAAAAUGGCCGGAUGUCAGCAGGUUUAAGUUUGAAGGGAAAACGUUUUACGUGAUCGGAAUACAGAGAGAGAAGAAACUGGUUUUGACGUUCCACACCUCCACACCAGCUGCCUGUAAACACCUAUGGAAAUGUGGUGUAGAAAAUCAGGCAUUUUACAAAUGCGCAAAAUCAAGUCAGAUCAAGACUGUAUCUAGCAGCAAUAUAUUUUUCAAAGGGACCAGAUUUCGCUACAGUGGUCGUGUUGCGAAAGAGGUGAUUGAAGCCAGUUCGAAGAUCCAGAGGGAACCUCCUGUUGUUCAAAGGUGUCAGUUGGGUCAGAGCAGAAGCUUUACCUCACUCAGCCAUAAGCACCUCAUAAUGAACAUGGAGCCUCUGCUGCCGGCGCUCAGCUCAAACAGGGAAUACAGGGAGGCCUCGGCCGACAGAGGUCUCCUGGCCUUGAAAGACUCGGUUCACUUGUCCCCACUGAAGCCAUCCAUGAUGCCAGAAGACCCUGAGCUGGAGGAGAUGGAGUGCCAUGUCCAAGAGACCAGACAGGAAGAAUCCACUAUCCCUGGCACCGGACUGGAGGAAGAGAGGAGCAGGCAGGAGGUGGAGGAUGAUGAUGAUGAUUAUGAUGAAGACGGUUCUCAUGCCAUCUCAGAUACUGCAUACAGCCCAUGUUCAAGUGUGAUGCCCACGCCGGUGGAGGAAACGCAGGAUGGUGUGGACUUCCUGUUCCAAAGCCCUGGGUGCUUGCUGAAGGAACUCCAUGCCGAUCCAGAAAUCCAGGCGGAACUUUGGGCUGAGCAGCAGCAAGAACUGACCCGAGAGGCCGCCCGUCGUUCACUGUGUAGCCAAUCAAAUGGCACGCCACAGAUCCAGGCGUUCCUCCACAGCGCUGCCCGGCUCAUAGCUGUAGCUUCAAUCCUGCUCCUUCUCCUAUUGGUCCUCUUGCUGGUUCUGCUGGAGUCCGACCUGGAUGUUUCCUUCCUGCAGGACAUCCGAGAGACACCAGAGUUUGAGCAGUUCCACUAUGAGUACUACUGCCCGCUACGCCGCUGGCUCUGCUAUAAACUUGAGCUCCUCACAGAGCACCUAUGGGGAGACUGACACUAACAUCUGAGAGUACACGGCUACAAGGCCCUCCAUCAGCAGGGAUGAACUAUUGGGACACAGGGAGGGAAAUGGACCGAUCAGGGAGGAAGGUUUGCUCUCGUACAAAAUCAUGCUGUUUUUUUUUUCAUACCCUCAGGCUGGAUUCACCCUCAACUGUAACUGUACACAAAGCCAUGAAUAGUAGAGGAGCUGCAAAUGCUAAGCUGCAGCUCAAACUUUCCAGGCAAGUUGCAGAGUUUUAGUGGUAGCAGUGAAUGAGAAGAAUAGAUCUGUAGCAAAAAUAACAGCAGCUAAUCAGUCUGUACAAAGCUUCAAGUGAGGAUGCACUGAUCUCAUUUCUUCAUUAUCAAUCCAAUACUGAUAUCAGAGCUGUAAUUCUCGCCUUAGAGCUGAUAUUCAUAAGA